AUGUUAUUUGAUGUAUCUAGUGAACGUGGUAUUUUCAGUCAGUGUCAAUCGUCGACAACAACUGACAAAUGCUUGAAUUUAAGUGUUAAAAAUAAGCGUUUGUAUUCCAGUUUCUACAAUGAUGAUGUCAUCGGUGCCACUUUUUUAACGACAUCAUCGUCCAAAUGGCAUCAUAUAGCUUUCGUUUAUGACUAUACUUUGAUGAAGCAAUCAAUUUAUCUCAAUGGAGUUCUCGAUGGAACAACAUGGGAAUCUGGAAAACAAUCUGGUCCAUAUAAAGGAACUACAGGUACUGUUAUGAUUGGUCGAACAUAUAGUGGAUCUUACUUCAGAGGCAUCAUUGAUCAUUUGCAAGUAACAAGUGGUGCGAAAACGACUUGUCAAAUUUUGAAUGAUGCAAUACUUACUGCCUAUUAUUCAUUUGAUGCUAAUGAUUUGAAUCUUGACCUCAGUAACAAUUAUUUUAAUGGAAUAUCUAAUUCAAUAAGUACUGUAUCUGGUCGUAUUAAUGAGGCCUAUUUUUUUCAAGGAACAUCAUCUUAUUUUCAGUCGACGGCAUUUACAGCAUAUAGUUCUGGAGAAUCAUUCAGUAUUUCUUUAUGGGUAAAACCAUAUUCUGUCUUAGGUGGCACAUUGAUUCAUCUAUCGACUAAUAGCGAUGGUUCAGGUACAGCUUGUUUCGACCUUUUGGGAUUCAGUACAACAGGUCAAUUAAUCGCAAAUUUAUACAAUAUAUAUACGUGCUGUAUUUGUCCUUGUUAUUCUAGUAUUAGUAUUGGUGGUCCAAUUAUGAAUAUAAGCACAUGGACACAUAUUGUUUUAACAUAUAGUUCGAGCAACGGUAUGGCACUUUAUACAAAUGGAACAUUGAGUGUUGUCAAUGAUGCCUUCACAUCAUUUCCUUAUAGCCCGUCUACUUUCAUAAGUCGACCAUACAUGACUGUCGGAAGUCCAUCAAAUACAGCCUCAUUGCCAACAGGAUGUCUAGUCGGGAGUCCGGCUCUUUCCCCAGGUCAUUAUCAAGGUAUCAUUGAUGACUUGCGAGUUUAUAGUCGAGAACUAACAUUAUCUGAAAUAUGUUCGUUGUUUAAUCCAUAA